CGGCGGUGCAGGUGGGGCGGCGGCUGUGUGUGCAAUCAAUUGCGAUCGGCUCGACGCGACGACGAUGGUUGGUGGCCAGACGGUGGUGCUUCCAGAGGCCAAGCAUGUUGUUGGCGUUUAUGCUAACACCGCAAAAACCAUCGGUGUAAUCAAGAUUGCCCGGCCGCGCGUCCGAAACUGCCUAAGUCUGCAAACAUACAGCGAACUCCAUGACCACUUUCACUUGUUUGAGAAGGAUGCUGCCGUACUUGCUGUGAUUUUCACCGCCGAAGGAGAUGAAUUCUUCACGAGUGGAACCGACGUGGGGGAGCUUGGCCGACUAAAUGCCGAGUCGCUUGCAAUGAUUCGGAGCAUUAUGCUGACCCUGGUCAACUAUCCGAAGAUUCUAGUCGCUGCUGUGAAUGGCCAUGCGAUAGGGCUUGGCGUGUCGAUGCUACCCUACUGCGACUUUGCCUUUGCCGUGCCCCACGCCACGUUUCGUACACCAUUCAUGGCGCUCGGCAUCGUCCCAGACUUUGGCUCGAGUGUGACCUUCCCGGCCAUGUUGGGAAAAGUAGCAACCAACGAUCUGCUCCUUCGUGGAAGGAAGAUAGACGCUUCACGCGCCGUGACCACGGGCCUCGUGACCGAGAUAGUCCCUGCGCAUGACUUUCAAAGCGCAGUCGUGGCGCUGACAGAGGAAGUGACUGGCCAACUCCAUGCGAAUCGCAGUUUGCUUCUAUUUAAGAAGCAGAUCCAACGGCUGCGUCCUUUGACAAAGCAGCACAUCAUCGCUGCCAUCGACCAUGAGCUCGAUGAAAUCAAUCGUCGCAUGGAGGCCCGUACAGUCGCAACUGCGCACUCAAAGCCAGAACCUUCCCGCCAGCCCUCGGCAAGCAAGCUGUAGAAGCCCAGCAAUAGCCCCAGGAUACCCACACCCCCAAGGUGACCCUGCUCGACGUCGACGACAUCCCGAGCUAAUAAUCCGAAGAGUCGUAGUAGUACUAUAGUAGUGUGAGGAUUGCGAUUGUCAACGAAACAAUUCAGUAGUACUAGUAGUACCGCAAAAUGAUC